UUUACACCAUGAUAAUUGGCUAUUUCUGGCAACGUCGCAGGCUACAAGUAAAUUUUCUGAGUGGAAGCACUGCUGGAAAGAGCCUUAGGAUCAGUCAAGCCGAAAGAAUCUUAGUAAGAAAGAAAAAGGAAUUAAUUGACAAAUCUAAACCAACAUUUCUACCAUAUGAAUAAGUGUCAAAUUCCAUAAGUUAAUAGAUCCGAAAAUCUUUUGGUUUUGAAAUGACUUCACCAAUUAAAAAACGUGAAAAAACAUCAGACAACAGCGAAAAUACAUGCUGUCCCGUUUGUUUUAAAGAUGUCGAAAUAUUUUCAAUAGGAAUAUGUGAUCAUCCAAUUUGCCAUGAGUGUUCUACUCGCAUGCGAGUUUUGUGCAAAGAAGAUGCUUGUCCUAUUUGUCGCCAAGAGUUAACUAAAGUAUGGAUUUUUCUUUAUUCUUUUUCUUUGAGAAAAUCUGGAUAUGACAAGCCAUGUUACCAUUUUCAGGUUGCUUUUGUGAAGGAGGCAAAACCAUUUCAGCUUCUUAUGCUAAACUUAUACCCCAUGGACAAAGUAACUAGGAUUCACUUUGAAAACCUGUUUCUACGAGAAACUUUUGAAAAAUUACUCAUUCAUGUUUGCUACACCUGCCCAUCAAAGCCUACUUUUGCAAAUUUUCAAAUGCUUAAAGACCAUUUGAGGAAAGAACAUGAAUUGUUUUUCUGUGAUCUUUGCAUAGAAAACUUGAAAAUCUUUAGCCAGGAAAGAAGAGCCUACACAAGGCAAGAGUUGGCAUUGCACCGAAGGAAAGGGGACCCAGACAACACGUCUCACAGAGGCCAUCCUCUAUGUAACUUUUGUGAUCAAAGAUAUGUUGAUGCUGAUGAACUCUUUCGACAUUUAAGAAGAGAUCACUAUUUUUGUCACUUCUGUGAUGCUGAUGGAUUGAACCAAUAUUAUUGUAACUAUGAAGAUUUGCGAAAACAUUUUCGUGACGCACAUUUCCUGUGUGAAGAAGGCGAAUGCAAAGAAGAGAAGUUCACGUGUGUAUUUCGCACCGAAAUAGAUAUCCGCGCCCACAAAGCUCAGACACAUAGUCAAUCUAUGGGAAAAGCUGCCAUUAAACAAGCACGGACGUUGGAGCUGGAGUUUACGCUGGCUCCGCGUUUAGGGGAAAGCAAAGGGAGAACCAGGCGUCUGAUUCAAUCAAGGGCAUCAGAUAAGCAGGAUUCAGAAAGCUCUAAGGUUGCCGAUCAGCAAGCUUGCCGGUCAACCGGUACAUUCUCCACGGCCAGCGCUGACAUUGGAAAUCCUGAAGAAUUCCCGAGUUUAUCAACUGGGUCAGGUUCUGUCAUGAACACCCGCAACAAUGGUUCCGAUUCCUUGGCACAGAAAUUGGCAAAAGGCAAUCGCUUCAAUGUGAAAAACAUAGUAGGAGCUCAGGAUCAUGAUGAGUUUCCAUCCCUCGUUGCUGAAGGUUUACCAUCUGAAAGGCAGAUGUUGUUGCUUGAUGAGAAAAAGCCAAGAGAAAAAGCAUCCAGUAUCAAGCAUUCAGUUCGUCUUCAUGGACAGGAUGCUGCAAGCAACGAUUCCGUAACGAAUGGGAAGGUGACAGCGAGAGUUUCACGUGUUAGUACUUCUGCAAAUAUUCAUGUCCAAUCUAGUCGCGGCUUACGUCUUGAAAAUUUUCCUUCCCUAACCGUAACAGCUCCUCAAUCAUCAGAGGAGCCAGCCUUGAAGCAUGGAUGGAUUAAAAAAAAUCUUCCGAAAUCGAACAAUCUAACGUCGAUCAGUAGCGUUUCCAAAGGUAGGAAUCUGCCACCGUCCCCUGAAGAAUAUCCUGAGCUGGUUCCUUCUUCCUCUCAUGAUGCAUCCGACUCAAGUGUAUGGACAACUUUAAAAGAAAAAGUGUCAAGCUCGAAUGGAAUAAACGCUGGUGUUGCAGCCAGGGUCGAGUCGUUAUCGGAGCUAUCCAAAGUCAAAUGCAAAAAGAAAAAAAAUCCAUCGAAAGGCACCCAAGGAAAUCAAAUUUUACAACCUCGUCCGUUUUCCUGUGAAACGAAGAAAAAGGACUCCGAAAUUCGACUUGAUGGCCUUCAACAUCAUCCCGAUGAGAUCCCCAAAACAUCCCGAGGCCGAAAAAUUAAAUUAGAGAUGACGGACAAUAUUGGCACGUUCGAUGGAAACAAUUGCAUUGGAAGUAAAGUUAACAUAAUUAAGCCGAAACCAAAUUCGAUUGAAUUUGAAAAUAACGGAGCCCGACCAAAAAUUAAAGCUAAUCCAAUCAAUUUGCGUUCUUCCGAGUUCCCUGCACUUGGUAUGUCCUCUGCACCUGUGACUUCUAUCUUCGAUAGGAAUCCUCACGACUUUACGCAGUUGACACGUGUGAAAAAAGAGGCAACGGCAAAAUCAACUUUGACAAAUAGUAAUGCUCAACAUUUCCCACCGUCUCCAAACGUAAACCAUGCGUUUUUGCAGCCUCCUGAUUUUAGCGCACGUAACCAACAACUGAUAGCAACAGUCAUGGACUUACUAUGCAACCAGAGAACGAAAAUUGAAAAAUUUCGCACUAUAUCUACUGAGUUUCGAAGCGGCCAACUUGACUCCAAAGAAUAUUAUAUGAACUGUCUGGAGGUAAUGGGAGAAGAUUGCUUUUUGGCUUUGUUCCCAGAACUGGUUUGCCUUUUACCAGAUAUCGUGAAACAACAGGAACUCAUCAGAGUUCAUCGGUCGGACACCAAAUUCAAGGGGGGCAUAACAAAGACUGAGCCGUACGUCAUUUGUGCCACCUGUGGUCAGGUGCUGUCACCUUCGGAUUUGAAGCAUCAUUUAGCAAACCAUAAUUUGGAGACGCAUUUUCCCUCACUGGGUACAUCUCCUGAGCCUGACCUGGCGUGGAACAAGCGAUUUUCGUGCAGAGAAAGAUGAUCAGAGUAUCGGGCGGUGAGUUAGUGAAUAAAAACUUCGAAGUUAAAAUAAUAAAAAUAUAAAAAGGAUAUAAAGUAAACAAAACCUUAAGACAUUUGAAUUUUUAUUUUCCGGCAUUCUUCAUUCAAUAUUUCAGAUUCAAUAUUUCAGAGGUGGUUGUUCUCUUUUUAUAUGUGGUUUGAAUACAUAAAAAGUGUAUUUUCCGCAAGGAA